UGUUAUAUGUCUAUUGAAUAAAAACGAAAUGAUCUCGUUUUUAUUAACAUUAUAUUUAGUGAACUACAAAUGAAUACCGCAACAUUUUACGAUGUAUUACUGGUGUUGUUGAUGAUGGGACAAACUGUCAUGACAAUAACGUGGAAUGUAGUGAACAAUCCUGUAAUAUUUGGGAGAGACGUUAUACUAAAGUGUCACGUGGACAAGAAAGAUUGCAAUGUUUCCAGAACAGAACCUGAUUCACGACAGUGGACCGGUGGGCAACAUUACCAGCUUCUUGUCUGCAAAGGAUGCUCUAAAAUUUCUAAAUAUAAAAUGAUGACCAGAAAUACAAGUCUUGAUUUUGAUUUAUUGAUCCGAAAUUUCAAUGAAUUUGAUUUGGGUCACGAAUAUACAUGUCAUUGUGGAUUUGCAGUAUACACUAAAAUACUAUCUGUAGAACAGAAUAAGUUGAUUUCUUUUCCAACUGAAAUAAACAAGGACAGCAGUGUUUUCAUCAGUGGAAACCAGCUACAUAUAGAAGUAUCACUCGAGAAAGUAAAUCCAGUACCAAUCUGCACAACGUUGUUUAAGGACAAAGUUAUAAGUGAAGCAAACGUAACCAAGCUGCAAUCUUAUAGAUAUUUUACAGACGUGAAUGUGUCCUUUACUUUUCCACUCCAGGAGUUUGGUUGCAGUGGUAGUCUGCAAAUUAUUUGCUCACUAUUAUCUUACAACAUAACCGUUUACAAUAAAAACAUACAAUCGUGUCCUGAAUACGACUCAUCCUUUCAUUUGCAUAUUCUAAUGGUCACAGCAUGUUCUGUCUUUUUGUUGGCGAUGUUCUGCAUUGUAUACAUCAUUAAACGGAGACAUAGAAAUAAUGAUUCGAUUUUAUAUCUACAACAACAUGAAGAAGGAUGACGUGCCAAUGAAGAGUGAUUCUUCCAAAGAUUUUCUAAUUGUUUAUUUGAAAAAAUGAACUGAAUGAGCCUAUGUAAUACAUGAUCAUUUUUUAUUUUUCAUUCGUGUAUUAUAAACACAUUUUUUGUGCAGCAAGAAUCCUGCAAUCUGAUUGGUUAAUAAUUUAAACAUAUUUUAUUUGCUUAAAUAUGCAAAAGGGAUGAGACACAAGUUAAUCAAACUUAUGAAGUCUUCUCCCAUGAACAAUUUAUAACAAUAUAAUUUUUUACAAAGCAUGCAUGCAAAUAAUACAUUGUAUAUAUUGGAUAUGUAAAAGAUGAUGUGUGAUGAUGUGAAUGGUUGUACACAAUAUACAUGUAUAUGCACUUUAGUGUGCUGUAUUACACAAUUAGAAACCUCUUUGACUCUUUAGUAAACUCAUAUACAUUCUUUAAAAUUCUUUCAUUUUCAUCAUUAGUUAAUGACGAAUCACCGGAGGUUAAGAUGUUCAAAUUUAAUAGAGAGUUCUCUGGUAACCAGUUCAGAUUAUUAGAUAGUUUGAUUCUUAUAUUCGUAUAAUUAGGACAUUCAAAAAAGAAGUGAAAUGAAUCUUCACGCUUAGCACCACAGCUACAAGACGGAUCUGAAAUUAUAUUAACUCUGUUAAGAUCAUAAUUCAAAAACGAGGCUGAGCAUCUAAGUUGAGUCAAAAUGAUGUUGAGUUUACGAUUG